CAUAAGACUAUUGUAAUUUGUCAAUUAACUACCUAAAGUCCCAAACACCCCUAUCCGACACCAACAAAAUAAAAAUCACCUUCGUUUGAUUUUGUUUGUGGCCCAACCUUAUCGUAUCGAAACACGGCCUUAUUUAAAUACGACAAAAUGCGACAACCACCAACAUAAAAUAUAACUAAACCAGUGAGUGCACCACGUUAAUAAAUGAAGGUUACAUUUGGUAGUAUUGUUCGUUACGUGCCGAAGCUGGCCUACCUCUAUCUUUCUCUUUCUCAUUAUUUAUUUAUUUAUGUUUUCUAUCGUUUCCCUCCCUCGCCUCUUCACACGCCAAAGUUAUCUGAAGAUCGAUUCCUUUGGGCGGUUUUUGAUUUCCUUUUUUUCCCUCAGCAAGUGUUCGGAGAAAUGCCUGAACUAUGGCCACCUUCACUUCGUUAAGCCAUACUUUUGUCUCGCCCCUUUCUUUAUUAACAUCUAUUAGUUCUCGGGUUUUCCCGUCUUGUUUCUGCGGGUUUAACCCAGUGAAGAAAGGGAAUUUGGUGUCUCUGAAGUUGAAUCUUGUUCGUGGUUUGAUGUUUGGAGAAGAGAAGAAAAAGAUUUCUUGGUGGUCUUGUUGGUGCAAGAAAAGGUGGAACGACGACGGGGAUUUGGCAUUGGAAGCACAGAUAUUAGAGUUCAUGAGAAAUAGCAAGAAACCUGAGGUUUUUCCAAGCAAGAAAGAAUUGGUUGAUGCUGGGAGGAUGGAUCUGGUUAAGGGGAUUAAGAGACAAGGAGGGUGGCUUGCUAUGGGCUGGGACUUGGAUGGUGAUAAAGAUAAUGGAUUUCAAGAAAUUUGGUUUCCAGAAGAUGGUGUCAAGGAUUGGGAAUGGGAUGAUGAGACUUUUCAAGAAAGGGUUCCAAGUGAAGUUGAAAGUAGUGGGACUUCUUUUUUGGCUGUUAAUUCUUGCUCACCUUCCUCGUCUGGUAGAUCAGUAGAAGUGGCAGCUGAGGAUGACUGUGGGAUUGAGGGCAUACUUAGUCGUUUAGAGAGAGAAAGAAAUAUGAAUUUUGGAUUUGGUUAUAUAGAGAAAGGUAGCAAUACUUGUUCCCAAAGUAAUGAUAGUGAAGAAGAGUCUAUUGCUCAAGCCUCAAUGGAUGCGACAUUUGAUGGUCCUGGUAGAAGAAAACUUGUGUCAUUCAGCAAUAGUACAGGCCUAGGUAAUGAUAACGGGGUCAAGUUUAGUCAGAACCAGUCUCUUUCAGGCAUUGAUGGUUCAAGAAAUCCAACAUGGAGAGAGUGGGGCCUUCAAAGAGCAGGGUUUGCAGGCAAGGAGUUUGAAGGGGAUGAGACACUUGAAAUAAGAGUAAGAGAUAAAUCCAAUGAAUUAGACAGAAGGAAAGAGUCACGUGCUUCUGGAAAAGAGAUUAAUCACAGUGAAAUACGUAGUUGUCUUGAGCACCUGAAGUUGGAGCUUUCAUCUGUACUGCAGUUGUUGAGGUCUAACGUUGAUGAGGCUUUAUCAUGGGAGGGUGAUGGAAGUUCCACUGAAAAUUUGCAUAAGCUUUCUGAUGCUUGGGAGCUCCAGGAAUAUGAUAUAAUGAAUGCCCAGAACAAGUUGAGGUCAAUACGGGCGAGGUCGGCAGUUUUAGAAGGGAAGAUGGCUUUGGCAAUAAUAGAUGCGCAAAAGAUAGUGGAAGAGAAGCAGAAAAGGAUUGAUGAUGCUCAUAGAGCUUUACAACUUCUUCGUACUGCUUGCAUAGUGUGGCCUAAUUCUGCAUCGGAGGUGCUGUUAGCAGGAUCAUUUGAUGGGUGGGCAAGCAAGAGAAAGAUGGAGAAGUCAAGUACUGGUGUUUUUUCUGUACGCUUGAAGUUGUAUCCGGGCAAAUAUGAGAUUAAGUUCAUUGUUGAUGGUGAAUGGAAGAUUGAUCCUUUGCGCCCCACUGUUAACAACACUGGAUAUGAGAAUAAUCUACUGAUCAUCACAUAGGAGAGGCCAUACUCCGAAGGCAUGCAACUGUGUGCGUGGUAAGCUUUUCAUCAUAAAGACAAUGUAGGAGUAAAUGCAACUGAUUUUUCUUUUUAGUUUUCGUAUUUUCCUUCUUGAAAACAAGUAGAAUAGAGCUGGUAGAAGAUGAUAAUUUCUAAUGAUUCUUUACCAAAAGGGGCAUUGUAUAAUAUAUCCUAUAAGAUUUUUCCUUGGUGGCAUUUGGUUUAUGGAUUUUUAGGUUUUGAAAAAAAAAUAAUAUUAAAAGAGAAUAUGUGAUUUUUGGUUCU